AAAAACGAAAUGUGUCAACUAUUACUUCUCUGAAUUCUGGCUUGAUUUCCAGUAAUGGGUAUAAAUGAUUGUUUUCUAACUCGAUCAGUCUUAUUAAAAUGGAAAACAGCUCAUUUGGAAUUAGUUCUCCACUAACACUGGAGACAUUUUUUAUUCCACCUGGAGGAAAGUAUCCAAUAUUUCUGUUUGGUCUAGCCAUUUACUUAUUUGGAAUGUCAUGCAACCUGACUCUGAUAUCUUUGAUUAUUCUGAAGAAAAACCUUCACAAGCCUAUGUAUUUUAUCUUGAUUAGUCUGCCGGUGAAUGAUCUAAUCGGAAUAACUGCCAUGCUUCCAAAAAUACUUUCAAAUAUUGUUACAGAGACUCCGGAAGUUUCCUAUCCGCUCUGUGUUCUACAAGCUUUUCUUCUGCACAUGUGCGCCGGUGGAAUUUUGUUUGUUCUUGCAGCAAUGGCGUUUGAUCGUUACAUUGCCAUCUGUAUGCCAUUACGCUACAGCUCUGUCAUGACUCCAAGGAUUGUCGCUCUUAUUAUUUUCCUGGUUUGGAGUUCUGACUUUGUCUGUAUCCUGUCACUAUUUUCUCUUCAGUCAGGGCUGCCCAGGUGCAGAUCUGUAAUACUGAACGUAUUUUGUGACAACCCAUCUCUCCUGAAGCUCACGUGUGGGAACAUAAUUCUCAACAACAUAAUUGGGCUAUUUAUCACAGUUUUCAUACAAGUUCUAAGCAUGUCUAUUCAGGCCUAUUCUUACUUUAAAAUUCUGGUUGCAUGUUUGAGUAGGAAGCAAUCUGAUGCAAAGGCGAAAGCAGUGAACACAUGUGUUGCACAGGUGGUUAUUCUUGUCAUGUUUGAGAUUGCAGGAACUUUCACUGUUUUAUCGCAUAGGUUCAAAGAUAUUUCCCCUGACUUACAAAAGGUAAUGGGGAUGCUAAUGUUUAUUUUACCUCCACUUAUUAACCCUAUUGUGUAUGGCCUCUAUACCAGUGAAAUACGCAGAACCUUUCUGAGUGUCUUCAAGAGCAGAAUAUGUUUUUGAAUUUCACUCAGAUCCUGGAGUACUUUUAUUUACUAAUCUUGUAUAUGAUAAAAGUCACAAAUUUAACAAGGCAGAAAUCUAAACCUACAUUGUGUGGAAAAACAAUCAGAAACAUGAUGUGAAUGAUCCAUAAUAAAUCCAUAGUUUAUGUUUUUAUAAAUCCAUAACAGAAACACAGUGUUUUUAUUACUGUGUAUGAAAACGUUAUUUUAAUUUUACUCUUGAUUGAAGAAGGUAUUUCAUGGGAAGUGUUGUGUUUUUUGAAUCAAAAUUUCUUGUGGCAUAUUAUGUUUGUAAUUUGCAAUCCUGACAUGAUACUAUGAACAAAAGUUUAUUUUAUAGAACUGAAAACAAUGGUUACCUGUAAAAUGUUGUUGUUCUUCUAGUUACAUGUACGAGUUUUACUGGCUGUGUAAAUUAUGAGUGGUUUUGUCCACAAUUUAACAUUUAAGACCUUUGAAAUUAUUAUAUGUAAAACAUCUAAAAUGGACUACUCUUAAAUAUUAUUUUUCAAUGUUGUUUGAACCAUUUACGUUUUUCAUAUGAAAGAAAGCUGUGUGAUUUAAACAAAAGAAUGUAAAUAAACAAGAUGUCAAAUAUGAUGAUGCUACUGUUAAU